AAUUGUUACUAUUAUUUAGCAUUUCAACCGCAUAUUGUACCAACUGGAUAUUGGGCAUAAUGAUAAACCCCACCAAUAACAAAGUUAUACACGAUAGGCUUAUUGAUCGUAGACGCAUACAGUCGUGCUCGUUAGCGUAAAUAUUUUUUACAUAAAUUGACAAUUUUUAAUCGUGGCCUACUUUAGUGACUAAGCGUACUUAUAAAUGUACAUACCUCCUACAUAUUCUAGUACAUCUAAUGUUUGAGUGUUUAAAUUGAGUGAACUUCAAAGAAUGGACAAGAAGUGACUUUACACAAAAUCAUAAUGGAUAGCAGCCCCUUCAACCGAAGCGGGCUAACGCGCCGCUCUCCACCACCGACACCAACACCAGCCCAAUCCCCCGCCCGAGAGCCAAUAGAGAAAGUGGAGAUCAUCUCAACGCCUGAAUUGCACAACUGGAUGGGGUACAUCGAACAAAGCCUAAACGAGGUCUGCAUUAUUACUUCCGAAGGCAAGCUUAACUCAGAACAAAAAUUAAGAGUGAGUAACCUCUGCCGAAAAGUGGGAAAUAAUGUAGCUCAUCUAGUCCUUCAGUACCAGUCCCUAAAACAAAAGGCCGUACAAACGCAUCACUCUCUCCAAGCCCUGAACGAAAAACAAGCCCUGACAGAUACACUAGCUGCAGAAAUCAAGAAUGCAAUAAAAGAGUCCUGUACAAAACCAAUUUCUGAAAGCACUUCCUUUGCGGAUAUGGUGAAGAAAGGGUCCAACAGCUUCGUUCGUCCAAUUAAACAUAGCGCAUUGGCGAUUUAUCCGAGCGAUAACUCAAAGACGAGCGAUGAAACUAGAAACCUGGUCCAGAAAAUCGUGUGCCCUGAAGAAAUGAAGCUGAAAGUCCGAGGAGUCCGUAAAGUCCGAAAUGGCGGCGUGAUUAUCAGCACUGAGACCAAGGAUGACCUCGAAAAACUAAAGCACACUGUCCAGCAUGCAAACUCAGGCCUCACCGUCAACGAACCACAAAAGCGGAAGCCCCGCAUAAUAAUAAUAGGAGUUCCCUCAUCAAUGGCAGAAAGUGAAGUAUACAACUGCAUCUUUGAACAAAACGUAGUCGAUAAAGUCCCAUCCAUGUCCAGAGAAACAUUUUUGUCCUCAAUAAAGCUAAGCCACAAAUCUGGCAGAAGAGAUACAGAUAAUCAUAACUUGAUCUUAGAAGUAUCAGCGGUCAUACGAAAAGCCCUCAUCACCCAAGAUCGAGUCUUUAUAAACUGGACAUCCUGCCUGGUAAGAGACUUCACAUUGAUAACUAGAUGUUACAUCUGUCAGCAGUACGGUCACGCGGCUAAGACAUGCAAAAAUACUGCCCCGGUUUGCGGACACUGUGGUGAAGAGGGACAUUCAAUCAAGGAGUGCACUAAGAAAAAUGAUUCUCCAAGAUGCGCUACGUGCCUACGCUUCAAAAAACCAGGUAAUCAUAAAACCGGAGAUAUCGAUUGCCCGGCUAGAAAAGCUGCCGAAUUUAGAUACAUCAACUCAAUCGACUAUGAAGGCGCCUGAGAGCGUCACAUAAUAUUUAACCACUUUAGAACUUAACUAGUUUAAGUAUUAUUAUAAUAUGGAUAGUUUAAUUAUGGAAAUAGAUAAUAGUUUUUCAACUAUGACCAAAGCAUGCAAUGUUGAGGACUGCAAACAAUAUCUCUCUGACUUUCAAAGCUCAUUAACAGUACUAACCCAAAAUAUUCGUAGUAUAUAUAAGAAUAUAGACAGUUUCAAUACCUUCCUGCAUACCCUUAACCUGACUUGUGAUAUAAUAGUGCUAACCGAAUGCUGGUUAUCAAACAGAAAUGGAAAUCUCCCUUUUAUUCCCGGAUAUCACUCUUUCUAUAGUAAAAAAAGUUAUAACCAAAACGACGGCGUCGUAGUUUACGCCAAGGAAUCGCUACAGAUCACUGUCGAAGAACCAGACCUUGAAGACUGUAACUGCUUAGUUAUAAAAAUAGGAAGUACUACAGCAAUUUUAGCUAUAUAUAGAUCCCCUUCCUUUAAAAACCUGGAUCCCUUCCUUUAUUCUUUAAACCAGACUUGUGAAGCAUUAAUUCCAUUCAAAAACAUUAUACUAACCGGUGAUCUAAAUAUCAACAUAGGCUCUAACAACUGUGAUGUCGGAACACAAAACUACCUUAACCUUUGCUCAUACCUAGGGUUCCUACCUGCUCAUACUCUGCCCACACAUCAGAGUGGCUCUUGCUUAGAUCAUAUGAUGAUUAAAUCUAGUUUACAUUACAUAACACUUGUUACUAAUUCAACGAUUACCGAUCAUCAUGCUGUCCUACUAACACUAGAUUUAAUGCCCCCUAAGCUAAAUCGAACACAGACAAAAACUAAAUUAAACAUAAACAAUCUUGAAAAUGAUUUACGCAGCAUUGAUUUUAGUCCAAUUUAUAAUGCUGAUGACGCAAAUUCAUCUUUAUCGUACUUAAUAAAAAAUGUCCAGCAAGCUAUAUUACACAAUACGACUAUUAUGACAAACAAUAAAAAACUGCAGAAUAUCAAACCUUGGAUCACACCUGGACUCAUCCGUUGUAUUAGACACAGGGACAAACUUCAUCAAAGAACAAAGCGAUCACCUGAUAAUUUAAUACUCCAAAUAACAUAUAAGAGGUAUCGAAAUUUUUGCAACAACCUCUUAAAACGACUAAAAACUAACUACGAUAAAAAUGAAUUGCAGAAAGCAGGUAACAAUACCAAAUCAUUAUGGCAACACAUAAAAAACGUCACUUAUUUAUCAAAACAGCGUGAAUCAAUCUCAAGUUUACUGUUUCAUGAUACUUCACCGCUUUUGUCAGCUAACAAUGUAAAUAACUAUUUUGUAAACGUGGGGAAAAUCCUUGCUGAGCAGAUCCCACAUUCAACGGUCAUACAAGCAUCGCGCAUUCAACACUUAACCACGAGUGAUAAAUCUUUUGGAAUGCUUGACCCUGAUACACACGAAAUCACGCGAAUUAUUUCAGGACUGAAAGAUGAUACUGCAGUUGGCUGGGAUAAUAUAAGCAAUAAAAUAUUAAAAAGGUUCAAACAUAUUCUGGUGCCCCCCUUAACGUAUAUAUUUCGUCUAUGCCUCUCAGAUGGUGUAUUUCCUGAAUUUCUAAAAAAAGCAGUAGUAAUCCCUAUUUUCAAAUCAGGAAACAAAGAUCAAAUAAGUAAUUAUAGACCAAUAUCAAUACUUCCUUCGAUAUCCAAAGUACUAGAAAAAAUUAUUAACACUAGACUAGUCAACUACUUGGAAAAACACGGUUUACUAUCACCUAUGCAAUUCGGCUUUAGAUCUAAAUUAUCCACAGCAAAUGCGGUACAUACCCUGACCGACUACGUCACAGAAGAACUUGGCAAGGGGUACCAAAGCUUAGCAAUCUUCAUUGACCUAGCAAAAGCUUUUGAUACUGUAUCAAUUCCCCUGCUUUUAUACAAACUAGAGGCGGUAGGAAUUCGAGGCACACAGCUAAAACUAAUAGCAGAUUACUUAAAUAAUCGUUGUCAAUGCGUUCGAAUCGAUACGACCAUAAGUGAUAACCUAAAAAACCAUGCUUUCGGUGUUCCGCAAGGCAGCAUUUUGGCCCCUACCCUAUUCCUUAUUUACAUAAAUGACCUAUGUAAUCUGGAUAUAGAAAACGGAAAAAUAAUAUCUUAUGCCGACGACACAGCGCUAUUAUUUACUGCGAAAACUACUGAGGAACUCUACAAAAGCGCACAAAAAGGUUUUAAUAUUGUCACUAACUGGCUUAAAAACAAUCUACUAACCCUAAAUGUUGAUAAAACUAAAUUUAUGCACUUUUCUAUGCGCAGAAGUCAAAAUAAAAAUACUAACACGCAUCUAUAUGCACAUCAAUGUAGUGAUCCGUUAAUCAACUCAUGUCAUUGUCCUAUAGUCCUUAAAACAAAUAAUAUUAAAUAUCUGGGUGUUAUAAUUGACGAUACUCUUUCCUUCAAACAACACAUCGAGAGCUUGGUGUCUAGAGUACGGAAAUUAAUGUUUGUUUUUAAAAAACUACGCACAAUCGCAGACAAUAAGCUAGUUACGCAAAUUUAUCUGGCCCUUUGUCAAUCCAUCCUUACGUAUUGUAUUACCUCUUGGGGAGGAGCACCAAAAACUACAAUGCUUCCUCUCGAACGAGCCCAGAGAGCACUUUUAAAAGUAGCUUACUUUCGUCCUUUCCUCUUUCCCACAGAUCAGCUAUAUAAAUCUUGCAAUGUUUUAACUGUCAGGCAAUUAUUUAUCAUGCACGCAAUACUAACACAACACUCUCAGCUUUCCUACAAUCCUAACAUUAUAAACAAAAGACGUAAGGAUAUAGUUUGCAGUUCAAACUCCACCUCAAAAUAUGUGUAUACGAAUAGAUUCUUUAGAUUUUUAGGCUCAUUUCUGUACAAUAAACUAAAUAGUGAACUAAGCAUUUAUAGCCUUAACUACUUUAAAUGCAGAAAAAGUGUUCGUAAUUAUCUGCAAAGCCUGUCUUAUGAUAACACGGAAGACCUACUUAAAGUGUGUAAAUGAAACUGCAAACGCAAACAAUAAUAAAUAAGUAUUAGGUAUAAGCAAAUUAUGUAUUUUAAUCGAUGAUUAGCUAUUUAAUUUUUUGUAUAUUAGAUUGUCAAUUUAUGUUGUCAAAUUAGCAAAUAAGGUCUCUUUUCGCUUGAGACACAGGUUUAACCUAGUUCAAGCAAUUAUAAUGUUAGCACAUAUGUUUAGAUUUUAAGAAAUAAUGUUGUUUAAUGUGAACUUCGAUAAAUGAAUAAAUGAUUUGAUUUGAUUUGA